AUGUUUAACUACGAACGUCCAAAACACUUCAUCCAAUCCCAAAAUCCAUGUGGCUCCAGACUUCAGCCUCCCGGACCGGAAAUCUCCAGCUACUCUAGCCAGACCAAACAGUCUUCCAUUACCAUCCAACCCCGCCAGUGCACAGAGCAAAGAUAUUCUGCCUCCUCAACUGUGAGCUCUCACAUCACUAUGUCCUCCUCUGCUUUCCCUGCUUCUCCUCAGCAGCUUACUGGCUCCAACCCAGGCCAAAGGGUUACAGCUACUUAUAACCAGUCUCCAGCCAGCUUCCUCAGCUCCAUAUUACCAUCACAGUCUGAUUACAGCAGCAGUAAAAUCCCUUCCACUGUGGACUCCAACUAUCAACAACCCUCAGUAGGCCAACCUGUAAAUGUUAAGUCAUACCAAAACGCAAAUGCUAAGCUCACACCAAGGACUCCUGACCACGAAAUACAAGGAUCAAAAGAAGCUCUUAUUCAAGAUUUGGAGAGAAAGCUAAAAUGCAAGGACAGCCUUCUUCACAAUGGAAACCAACGGCUAACGUAUGAGGAGAAGAUGGCUCGCAGAUUGCUAGGACCACAGAAUGCAGCUGCUGUGUUUCAAGGUCAAAAUGACAGUGAAGCACAAGAUUCAGCACAGCACAAUAUAGAACAUGCACGACUGCAAGUUCCUACAUCACAAGUAAGAAGCAGAUCAUCUUCAAGGGGAGAUGUGAAUGAUCAGGAUGCAAUCCAGGAGAAAUUUUACCCACCUCGUUUCAUUCAAGUGCCAGAGAACAUGACAGUUGAAGAAGGAAGAUUCUGCAGAAUGGACUUCAAAGUGAGUGGACUACCAGCUCCUGAUGUGUCAUGGUAUCUGAAUGGACGACCAGUUCAAUCAGAUGAUUUUCACAAAAUGAUAGUGUCUGAGAAGGGUUUUCAUUCACUCAUCUUUGAAGUGGUCAGAGCUUCAGAUGCAGGGGCUUAUGCAUGUGUUGCCAAGAACAGAGCAGGAGAAGCCACCUUUACUGUGCAGCUGGACGUCCUAGCAAAAGAACAUAGAAGAGCACCAAUGUUCAUCUACAAACCACAGAGUAAAAAAGUUUUUGAGGGAGAAUCAGUGAAGCUAGAAUGCCAAAUCUCGGCUAUACCUCCACCAAAGCUUUUCUGGAAAAGAAAUAAUGAAAUGGUACAAUUCAACACUGAUCGAAUAAGUUUAUAUCAUGAUAACUCUGGAAGAGUUACUUUAUUGAUAAAAGAUGUAAACAAGAAAGAUGCUGGAUGGUAUACUGUGUCUGCAGUUAAUGAAGCUGGAGUGACCACAUGUAACACAAGAUUAGAUGUUACAGCCCGUCCAAACCAAACUCUUCCAGCUCCUAAACAGUUACGUGUCCGACCAACUUUCAGCAAAUAUUUAGCACUUAACGGGAAAGGUCUGAAUGUGAAACAAGCUUUUAACCCUGAAGGAGAGUUUCAGCGGCUGGCAGCUCAAUCUGGACUCUAUGAAAGUGAAGAACUUUAA